AUGACAGCGCAGAUCUCUCGUCUGGACCGCCAGGUCGUUCUUCUCGAAACAGGGUCGACCCAGGUGGUGCGGAACAUGGCAGCAGACCAGCUGGGAGACCUUGCAAAACAGCAUCCGGAAGAUACGCUAUCGCUGCUGUCAAGGGUGUAUCCAUUUCUGAUGGCCCGCAAAUGGGAAACACGGACCACCACGGCUCGCGCCGUGGGUGGCAUCGUGUCCCAUUCGCCAGCAUGGGACCCCAACGAAGACGACAGCGACCACGACAGCGAUCAAGACCACGACAACGACAAUAAAGGUGACAACGAAGCAGUCGGGGAGUCAGCCAAAGUCAAGCUGGAACACGAAAUCCGGCUCAAGCUCGAAGAAGUGGACAACACCCAAGAGUGGAAAUCACUCGAAGACGAUAGCAAGCUGCUGUCUCUUGCCGACUGGAAUUUGCACGAAGUUCUCAAAUGUGGGAAACCGCUGCUGGCGUCCAGUAUAGACGAGUUCCCAGGCGCUGGGGCCCCUACAGCAGCAGAUUUGGUGGGCUCCAAAAUGCCAAAACUCGAACACGCUUCCGCUUCCGACGAUUAUCUGCCGACAAUGUCGCAGGAUCAGAUAGCAGAUCUUGCGAAAAAAGAGCCCGACGGUGGAUCGUUGGAAUCCUCCAAGAAAAGCGCGCGGAUGAUGGCCAUGGCCAAACGUAAGCGCAAGAUUCAGGCCAAAACCACCACCAAGAAACCCGUGGAUAUAUCGCAAAGCUCGAUUUCAAGAACACUCAUGGCCCAGGAUGACUCUAGUCAGAGCCCUACUCCGUCGCCCACGAUGCUGAACAACCCUAAGUUAGAAAUCACAGAACAAACAGAUUCAAAACGAAUAAUGGUCGAGUCCAUGGUCAUCCCAAUCAUGGAAAAGCAUGACAAUGUGGCAGGGCUUGUUUGGCAGUUCCAGGGCAUUUACGAGUUACUUUUGGAAAAUCUAAUCAGCGAUGCUUGGGAAACGCGUCACGCAGCAGCUUUGGGACUUCGAGAAAUAAUCAAGAAGCACGCGAAAAGCGUUGCGCGUAUAAAGGGAAAAUCAAAGCGCGAAAAUGAUCGCCGCAAUCGUAGAGCUUUAGAAGACUUGGCAACCAGGCUUCUAACCGUUUUUGCUCUCGAUAGAUUCGGAGAUUUCGUCUACGAUACCGUGGUUGCACCAGUGCGAGAAUCCGUGGCACAGACCAUGGCUGCAUUAUUAUUGCAUCUCGACGAUGAUUUGUGUAUUCAAAUUUUCGGUGCUUUAGAACAACUCGUCCUCCAAGAUCCAAAAAUCAUCAGCUUACCGCACAAGAUAUGGGAAGCCACGCACGGAGGGCUUCUUGGCAUACGCUACUUUGUAGGAAUCAAGACCGAAUUUCUUUUCCAAAACGAUUUGCUCGAUAAUGUGGUAAACAUUGUACUCUACGGAUUGAAAGAGCACAACGAUGAUGUUCAAAGUGUGGCCGCAGCUAUACUGGCCCCUAUCGCCGUUGAGUUUGUCAAAUUGGAAACAAAUACCAUAGACCUUGUGCUAAGCACUAUCUGGAAUCUCUUAACGCACUUGGAGGACGAUUUGUCGUCAAGCGUUGGAUCUGUGAUGGACCUUCUAGCCAAGUUAUGUGAACAGCGGGAGGUUCUAGACGUUCUCAGGUCAAAGGCUUUGGAGUUUCCACAAGAGUGGUCUUUCAAAAGUCUGGUGCCCAAGCUAUAUCCGUUCUUACGCCAUUCUAUCACCAAUGUGAGAAAAGCAGUUUUGAAUCUAUUGAAGGCAUUCUUAUCCAUAGAAGAUGAUUUUGUCAAACAUUGGAUUAACGGUAAGAUCUUCCGUCUUAUUUUCCAAAAUAUACUUCUCGAGCAAAACCCGCAAGUCUUGGAACUUUCAUUCGAUGUGUAUACCACAAUGUUGAAGGAGUACACAACGAAAAAUCCGGAUAAAACUUUAGACCACUUGUUCGGUCGCCAUUUGGCGCCCAUCUUACAUUUGCUCAUCACCCCAAUCGGUGAGCAUGGUAAGAGUUAUAACAUGGAGCUUCAGUAUAUUCUAAAGCCAUCUCCACAUUACCAGUUGAUCUCAGAACGCAAGAGGAACACGCAUUCGGACGUAAAGUCAGACAUCCCACCCCCUGUGAAUAGCGAGCGCGUAAACAUCGACGCGCCAAUGAUUGCUGGUGAUGUCACGCUUUUGGGAACAGAAGUGAUAUUCAAUACCAGGGUGACGGGAGCCAAGGCACUCGGAAUCACACUUUCAAUGUUCCAAGAAUCCACUUUGAAAUCCUUUUUCUCAAAUGUUCUAUUGGACUGUCUGAAACUUCCAUAUGCCACACCACGUAUGCUUGUGGCAAUAAUAAUAGCCGAAUUGUGCUCUAAAUUAAACGAACAGCCAGAACACCCUGAUCGAGACGACCUCAUGAAGUUUAUAUCAGAAAAUUUUGGGCCCAUUUUCAUCGGCAAUUUAACAGAUGCAUCGACCUUGCCAGUUUUUAGAGAACUUGUUCCCAGUCUAAAGGCUUUGAGAACGCAGUGCCAGAGCUUGCUCACUACUUUUGCCGACGUGGGUAUGCUAUCGCCUCAAAGGCUUCCACAACUCGCCAUAAUAGUCCAAGGCGAGUCGGAAGCUGGAUCAGAAGCUUUCGGUAUCGAAACGGCAGAAAAGACAUAUGGUGAAACCAGUGACAAGCUCUUCCGUCAUUUGAGUAACUCUCAUAAGAUCUUGGCAAAAAAGCCAAUUGAAGACGCUAAAUAUCGUGUCCUGCAAGCAAUAGAAACGGCAAAGGAGGCAAAGCGAUCAAGAAUUUGCAAUGUUUUGGCCAAUUAUGCUUCAGCUACUUUGCUAUUCAGUGGUUUACCUACCAAAUUGAAUCCAUUUAUCAGGUCACUAAUGGACAGUAUCAAAGAGGAGAAUUACGAAAUUCUACAAAGGAGGUCGGGUGAUGCUAUUUUGAACUUGGUCGUUGAGCUGGUCAAGCAAAAUAAAGGCAAUGUAGCCAAUAAAAUCGUCAAGAACCUUUGCGGCUUUUUGUGUGUUGAUACUUCAGAAGUACCGGAGUUCGCCUUGAACUCUAAUUACGGAGAUCAUAUCCUUACGUUGGUGCGCGAACAGAGUGCAUUGGCCUUUCAAGACGAUGCUAAUGCUAAGCGAAUGGCCCACGAGGCACAUAUCAAACGACAAGGUGCUCUUUACACACUCAGUGAGUUUUUACUACGGCUCGGUUCUAGAGUUUUGGAACUUGUUCCACAAGUAAAACAUAUCAUUUUUGAUCCACUCGAACGCUUGACGGAUGAAAAUGAACUAAAAUCGCCUGAUUUCAAGAGUGGUCAGGAAAUUGUUGAUGCAAUGGGUGUCCUAAGAGCACUCGUCGUGUACAUGAGCAAAGACGUGCAAAACAACGAGGUUCUUCCUCGCUUACCUUACCUUGUCAAAUUCCUGAGGUCUGAUCUCCCAGUAUUCAGGUACUCGGCGGCAAGAGCCUUAGCCGAUCUGGCAAACACGCUUCCCAUCCAGGUACUUCCAUUCAUUAUACAGAAAGCGUUGCCCUUGAUGAAUAACCCUUCUUCGGUGACAGAUAGACAAGGCGCCACUGAGCUGGUUUAUCACCUGGCAAUGUGUAUGGGCAGCAAUAUUCUACCAUACGUCAUUUUCCUCAUUGUUCCUCUGCUUGGUCGCAUGAGUGACUCGGAUCAGGAUAUAAGAACUUUGGCGACAUCCACAUUUGCAUCCAUCAUCAAACUUGUUCCUCUUGAAGCUGGUAUUCCAGAUCCUGAAGGGUUGCCACAGGAGCUAAUGGAAGGUCGUGAAAAGGAAAGAGACUUUAUACAGCAAAUGAUGGAUCCUUCAAAAGCUAAACCAUUCCAUUGUCCAGUCGCCAUCAAAGCAACCCUUAGAAAGUAUCAACAAGAUGGUGUCAAUUGGCUGGCAUUCUUAAACCAAUACCAUCUUCAUGGUAUUCUUUGCGAUGAUAUGGGUUUGGGUAAAACACUGCAGACAAUCUGCAUCAUUGCAAGUGACCAGUAUCUAAGGAACCAGGAAUAUGAGAAGACCAAGGCCACAGAGAGUAGACCACUCCCUUCACUGAUUGUCUGUCCACCUUCGCUUACUGGUCACUGGGAGCAGGAGUUCGAGCAAUACUCACCCUUUCUGAAAGUGGUUGUAUUUGCCGGUGGACCUUCCACGAGAUAUCCUUUGAGAGACAAGCUUGGAGAAGCAGACAUCGUUGUAACAUCAUAUGAUGUUGCCAGAAAUGACAUUGAUAUUGUCACACAGUAUGACUACAAUUACUGUGUUCUUGAUGAAGGCCACAUAAUAAAAAAUGCACAAUCGAAACUUGCGAAGGCGGUGAAAAUGGUUAGAGCAAACCAUAGACUAAUAUUGACUGGUACUCCGAUCCAGAACAACGUCGUGGAACUUUGGUCUUUGUUUGAUUUCCUGAUGCCUGGAUUCCUUGGGACAGAAAAAAUGUUCCACGAAAGAUUCGCAAAGCCCGUUGCUGCUUCUAGAAACAGUAAAACAUCUUCAAAAGAGCAGGAAGCGGGGGCUUUGGCCCUGGAGGCUCUACACAAGCAAGUUCUUCCAUUCAUGCUACGGAGAUUGAAGGAAGAGGUUUUAUCUGAUUUGCCUCCAAAAAUUAUCCAGGACUACUAUUGUGAGUUGAGCGAUCUACAAAAGCAGUUGUACAAAGAUUUUGCAAAGAAGCAGAAGACAAGUGUCGAGCAGGACAUCGAGAACGUUGCAGAAGUGGAUAACAAACAGCACAUUUUCCAAGCUCUUCAAUAUAUGAGGAAAUUGUGCAAUCAUCCUUCCCUUGUGGUCUCCAAAAAUCAUCCGCAAUGGCUUCAAGUUCAGAGUUAUCUGAAGCAGACAGGACUCAGCCUAAACGACGUUGCACAUGCUCCCAAACUGGGCGCGCUUCGCAAUUUGCUGCUUGAAUGUGGCAUAGGUAAUCAAGACGCCGAUAAAGGCUCCAAGCUUUCUUUGCCUUCCACUGAUAGCGUUAUCAGUCAGCAUCGUGCUCUGAUUUUUUGUCAGCUGAAGGAUAUGCUUGAUAUGGUGGAAAACGAUCUAUUCAAAAAGCAUAUGCCGUCUGUCACGUACAUGAGGUUGGACGGUGGCAUUGAAUCUCGCGAUCGGCAAGCAGUGGUGCGCAAGUUCAAUGAAGAUCCUUCAAUCGAUUGUUUACUACUCACAACGAAGGUUGGUGGUCUGGGACUCAAUCUCACAGGCGCCGACACAGUCAUUUUCAUCGAGCACGACUGGAACCCAAUGAAUGAUUUGCAAGCGAUGGAUAGAGCCCAUCGUCUGGGCCAGAAAAAAGUCGUGAACGUGUAUAGAAUCAUCACCAGGGGCACGCUGGAGGAGAAAAUUAUGGGUCUGCAAAAGUUCAAGAUGAAUAUAGCAUCCACUGUGAUCAAUCAGCAAAAUUCGGGACUCGCCUCGAUGGACACGCAUCAACUACUAGACCUUUUCGAUACAGAUAAUGUUCCCUCUCAAGAAAAGGAAAACAAAGAGAACAAGAUUGAUGAAAUCGUUAACGAAUCUGGGCUGUCUGGCAAGGCCAAGGAAGCUGUUGGUGAACUCACAGAAUUAUGGGAUACUAAACAGUAUGAUGAAGAAUACAACUUGGACAACUUCAUCAAGACCUUGCGUUGA